AUGACGCAGGACAUCCCCUCGCAGAGGCUGAGAGCCGUUGAUAUCUACGGCAACAGCUGGGUCUUCCGCCACGUGUACAGGGGCUCGCCCAAGCGGCACCUCCUCACAACCGGGUGGAGCGCGUUUGUGUCCACCCGAGGGCUUGUGGCGGGCGACAGGGUUCUCUUCGUGCGGGGUCAAGACAGCUACCUCAAGGUCAGCAUCAGAAGGAAGACUGUGCCACCUGUCGCCACGCCAUUGGCCUACGGAAUGUUCGCGAGCGGUACGGGAGGCAGCAGCAUGGGCCCGGGGGGCAUGGAUGUGGAGGGAACGGUGCGCAUGGCCACAAUGGGCUAUGAGCGCCGAUGCCCCUUCACUGUUGUCUACCACCCUCGGCUGCCGGGCUCCUCGCCCUUCCUCAUCCCGCUCUCCACCUUCUGCCUCUCUCUCCUGCGCAAGCAGCACCUGCGCUCCGGAAGUCUCAUGACCACUUCGUUCCCUUCCCCUGCUUUCCCCGUCCCUUCAUUCCACCCACCAAUGCCACCGGGGCUGAAGGCUGCGGGGCAUAGUGGCAGGAGUGGGGAGCACCUCCUCCGUGUGGCCGCAAUCACAGUGGCGCUCAGUCAAGGUGUCGUGGUCGGACUCAGACCCCUCGCUGUGCAAGCCCGCAUCCAUCUCCCCGUGGGACAUCUCUCCGCCCCGAGAAGCAAUAGCCCACCCGCCUUUCCUCCCCCGGAAUGCACUGAAGCAGCUGUUGCUGCCGAAGCUGUGGCUAGGACCGCUGGUUCAGCAGAAAGGCCGCUCAAUGAGCGGAUGCCACGUGGAGCCUCCACACAGGUUGACUGGCUGGCCAUUGGGCAGCAGGGAGGAGGACAAACGGCCGAUUGGCUAGUCGAGGGGGAGAGGAGGGAUGGGGCGAAAGUAGAGACGGGAGAGGGGGGAAUGGAGAGCGGAGAGCGGAAAGAGGAGAGAGCCGAUUGGGCGAAUGAGAAGAGGACGAGGGAGAGGAGGGCGUUGGAUGUGGUGUAUGGUGAGGGCGGGCUUGGGCGAGAUGAGGAGCUGGUGGUGGGGGAGUGCAAGAAGCCAAGAGUGGAUGAAAAGAUCGCGAGGGGCAGUGUGCUCAACACAGGCCAAAGCUCUGUGUUCAGAGAGGGGUGCCUCAUAGCCCGCACGGUGUACCUCGGACUCUUCUCCGACUUCCCCGCCCUCCACGCUCACAUCGCUGCCAUGUUUGGGCCAGCACUCAAGGCAGGCAGGGAAGCAAGGGCGCGUGCACACAGUACUGAGGCGAAGGGCAGCAUUGGAGAGGAUGGUGGGGCUGCUGCUGCUGCUGCUGCUGGUGCCGGCACGAUGGGUACUACCGGUGGUACAGGUGGUGCUAGUGAGUCAGACGAUGGUGGUGACGUGCUGGCAGGGUGGCGCUUGGUGUACGAGGACAGCGAUGGGGACACGCUGCUUGUGGGCGACGGAACUUGGACGUAA